CCAUGAAAGCUGCAUGAGUUCCGUCACCUUCUCUAUCAACGCAUUCGCUUUUCUUGAUUCUGCUUGGCUUCCUCUACUGUGUACGCGCUUCGGUUACCGCCCCUGUCCCACGCGCUCAGCCCUGGGAGACGUGCGCCGCCAGCUCAAGCCACACAAGCCACCGAAAAUUCCCAUCCGUUGCCUAUGCCAGCCCAGACACGCAGGCUGCUCAACCCCUGUGUGGCGUUACCUCAAGCACCAAGCUUGUUCUUUCCAUACCAUGCGAGCGCAGAGGUCAUAGAGCCCUUGCUGAGAUUCCUCCUUUCCCUUCGCCGGCGUAUGCCCCUCUCCAUCUGAUUCUCGUUCCGUCUUGACCGCAGUAUUUCGCCAUUAUAAUGGCUUCAGCAAGAUUCUCCAAAGCGCCGAUUAUUUUCGCUUCCCUCUUCGCUUUGCUUCUCCUGCUUAUUCUCCUUCCCCAUUCCCCGGCACCUCAGUAUCUUCCGGGCCUAUCAUCGCGACCUAAGCCUAUCCCCAACAUUGUCCAUUAUGUAUACUUGAAGAAAGACGAACACUCGGUGCUACACUUUACAUUUCAAGACUUUCUAUCCGUUUACGCUUCCAUCAUCUACUUCAACCCUACAUCCAUCCUUAUCCACACCGACCACAACGAGUCAUCCAUUGGACAUGCCGCUACCUUCGGAAGCAAAUGGACGCGCAAGAUCCUCGCGGAUUUCCCCAAGGUCGUGAGCACCAACUACGCCGAGGCUCCGACGCAUGCGAACGGCAACGCCAUCUCAAAAAUCGAGCACAAAUCAGAUUUCGUCCGCAUCGAAGAGGUCUAUCGCACCGGCGGUGUCUAUCUCGACUGGGAUGUCUUACCACUCCGGGACGUGAAAUACCUUCGCGAGUCCGGGUUCCAGAAUGUCGUUGGCCGGCAACCAGGUGGAAAGAUCAACAACGGAGCCUUCAUGUCCCAGAAAGGCUCUGCGCUCACCUAUCUCAUGAAACGAGACGGCCCCGUCGUGUUCAACGGCGGCUGGGAAACUCAUUCGGUCAAACUCAUAACUGCCAUUUCCGAUCGCCUCGUCAGAUCAUCGGGCGAAGUACUCAUCAUGGAUGAGAAAGCUUUCUCGCCGACUUCGUGGAAGACCGGCUCUGUCGACGAACUCUAUGCGCCCCAUAACGACACUCCCGUGACGCAAUCGCCGCAGGUCAACGACCUCGAGGAGGAUCCCUUGUUAAGAUGGGACAAUAAGAACAGGGCGAAGGAGUGGGAGCUGGACUUUUCAGGGACUUAUUUGCUGCAUGCAUUCAGGGAUAGAGGGCAUAAGGUGGAUGGGUUUGAAGCUGUGACCGUACCUUACGUCCUGGCUAGAGACAGCAACUACGCACUUGCGGCAUGGCCGAUUGUCAGAUAUGCAUUGGAUCAGGGGGUCAUUAAUGAGUCUGAUGUCGAGCCAUGAGCGAUUCUCGUAGAUUUUUCUCGCGAUUCUGUCUCAACUAGGGGUGAUUGGUCGGCGUUACAAUCUUGAGACUCUAAGAAUGAA